AUGUCUAGAUCGUCCCAGAACAUGGGUAUUAAUCUUGUAUGCCACGUCAACGAAAAAAACCCCCCAAAAAGCACAAGAACAAGAACCACUAUGGCCGUGUCCAUCCAAGUCUACAACAAUGCGCUGGCGCAGAUCAAAGAGCUGGAGCUGGAUCGCUCGAUCUCCGAAAAAGAGAAGCUGGCCGAAAAGACACUGCGGCCGCUGUUCGAACAAGUCCUGAAGAAGAAAAAUCCCGAUAAUGCUGUAUACUCCUUGGACGCGAUCCAGGAUUGGCUGCUCUAUUUCUUCAGUGCUGAUAAGGACUCGAAUGGGUAUGUUUCUGCAAAGGAAUUUGUCGACGCCUGCCAGGACGAGAAUCAGAAGCAAGUCGCGGACUUUUUCAAGUUCUCGGACGCCAAUUCGGACGCCAGGAUCUCUUUCUCGGAGUGGGUGAUUAUGGGCUUUAUUUGUGCUGAACAGGAGAGUGGGUAUGGGCGGGCAAAGAAAGACUGA